AUGCCCAUGUGCAAAUGGACGAUCGAACCAACCGACCUAACAGCCGUACUGAGAAUUAGUGAAGAUGGCGUCAACGAAGAUCCCAACCACAACAAUUGCAAUAAACUCAAGCCCCCAGACAACUACUGCCAUCUAGCCAACAUAAUUUGCUCAAACAUCAUUAGGCAGUUGGUCAGUUUAGCCGACAGCGCAGACGGUAUUUUCAAGGAGUUAGCCGAACAGAGCUGUCUCGUUUCGAAACGAUUCGAGAAAUUGAAUUUUAGAGUUGCCGAGCUGAGUGAGAAAGCUAAAAACUUGAAUCCAACUGUGGAGCUAAUAUCUUUGGAUGAUGUCAUGCAAUGCAAGCCAUUUAAAAGUGGUCUUAAACAGUACGCCUCUGGUUCCGGCGGCAGACCCGAAGCGGUUCAAACGGUAUUCGAUCGAAUCGAGCCCAUCCCUGAUUUUGAUAAAUGGAAUUGUUACAAAACGGAAGAGAAAGAUCCUAAAAAAUUUUAUUCGGAUCCGAAUUUCUUCUUCGAAUCAUGGUGCGGUCAAAUAAAACAGGAAGUGGACAAACUGAAGCCGGCAAGAAAAAAGAAAGUGGCAAAGAAAAAGGAAGAAAUAACAAGGAAGCCACAAAAUGUCAACCUCAACAAAAUUCAAAACCGCGUAAAAAACGAAAUUUUGGGCGGUCGACCUCUGACCGUGAAUCAAAAUUCCGAUAACCAAUCGCAGCGCUCAAUCAAUGUUUCAAUAAACUCAGAAGCCAAUCAGGUCACAGAACAUGACAGAGCAUCCUUAAACUCAAAGACGUCUGAAGCCAAUCAAAAUCCAGCAUCUGAUUCUAUUCAGGUUGCUAGAAAUGCUAGCGUGAAGGGAGUCAAAAAUACGGACGAUGUGAUUGGCCCGCAAGGAAUUGAGUUUCCGGUGUUUUACGGGGAGGAUGUUAAUGAUUUUCCUCAGCCGCCCAUACCGCCGCCACCCUUGCCGCAAACGUUUUCGCAUGCAGUCGAAGCCGGGCAGUUGAGAAAUAAAAACGCUACUGCUGCUACUUCAACUACGACAACGAACAUCAAAAGCCAGCCGAGUUUGGAAGGCAAGCGGGAAUCUAGAGGAGACUUGCUGGCAUCCAUAAGGAAUGGGAUAAAAUUGAGAAAAGUUGACGAAGUCAAACGAGAAGUAGCCAGCAAUAAAAACGCCGGGCAGACCAUGUUUGACGUGCAGAUGAUAAUGGAAAUGCGUAGGCGAGCGUUAGAGGAGGAGGAAGAGGAGUACGACGAAGAUGACGGUGAUGAUGAUAAUGAUUGGGGCUAA